AGUUUACUGAAGGAGCAAUACGGUUUUGAGUUCAUUGCGAAACGAACACGAGGUGGCUCGCCAAUGGGCGAGGUGGAUUGCCACCCCCUAAACCCAAUUACGCUUUCGCGAGUCACAACCCAAUCGAACAUCGUCAUCAUCGUCGUCGUCUCAGAAGUCAGAACACAUCAGUCAUAAAGGGGAGAGAGAGAGAGAGAGAGAGAGAGAGAGAGAGAGAGAGGGGCUAGGGUUUGCGAUCAUCGUCCAUGGCGUCUGCGGCGGCGGGGGCGGUGGCGGGGGCGGCGGCGCCGUUCUGGAGGGCGGCGGGGAUGACGUACAUAACCUACUCCAACAUCUGCGCCUCCCUUCUACGCUCCUGCCUCAAGGAGCCCUACAAGGCCGACGCCGCCUCCCGGGAGAAGGUCCACUUCGCCAUUUCGAAAUGGGCCCAGGGAAAGCCCGAGAAACCAGUUAUCCGGUCUGAUACGCCCGAAGAAUGAGACCCCGUGCGCGAGUGGCUUGGUCUUAUUGCUCAAGCACUCCCCGUUACACUCCCUAUGCAUUGUGUUCUGCAGCUUUGUUUUGUACCUGAAGACUCUUCACUGGUAGGACAAUUUCAGCUCUGCGGAUCCGAUAAUAAAAUUUUGACGGUGUUGGUAACUACCCCAAACAACAACUACUCUACUUGUUCCUCGUUGGAUUUGAGACUCGACUUUGUUUUGUCAUGUAUAUACUACUUUUAUUAACAACUUGCUUAAUCCUGAGAUAAGAAAAACUGCCUGUUAAUGCUCAGAUUUUCACUUGUUUAUUGUGAAGCGCAUGUUCGGGGAUAUCCUCAGACUUUAUGAUAUGCUUGAUCUGUCUGGGAAUUAUGAAUAUAUCAGCAUUUUGUUGAUUUGCCUCU